AUGUCUUCGAUGCAUUUUGUGGUUCAUCCUUUGCCUGGGACAGAGGAUCAAUUAAUAGACAGACUUAAAGAAGUUGCUGAUCGUUGGAAUAGAUACGGGACUGGCGCUGGAUCUUCAGCGCUUAGUUCACUACGCGGUGUGCGCGCUGUAGCCGCAGGGCCAGCGCACAUAGCUUGUCUACUAGAAGAUGGCACAAUAUGUCGGGCUGCUUUUUCCAUUAUUCCUGACAGAUUAGACCUGAGUAAAAAUGACGCUAGUAAGAAUAAUGGGAACGGAGGAGGUGGGAGUGGUGGAGGUGGCACAAGUGGAGGCAAGCAAGGGGGUAGUGGCGGAGGCUGCGGCUCUCGACAGCAACCGCGCACUAGAGCACGUAUUAUGCGAAACUCGAUCCGGGCUACACCUAGCUCACAGGGUUCAACAAGCCGUGCGACAGGUGUUAUUAUUGGAGCGUCUGGUUCAGGGCGCGUGGUUUCAGUCCCAGCACCAUUUGUACCGGAAGAUCUGGUCACACAAGCUCAAGUGGUACUUCAGGGGAAAAGCAGAAGCCUCAUAAUUAGAGAACUACAACGAACAAACUUAGACGUGAAUCUGGCCGUAAACAAUUUGCUGUCCCGUGAUGACGAGGAAGGCGAGGAGCCGGAAGGUGGAGAGGGCGGCGAUGGCUAUGUGCCUGAGGACCUCAUUUCGCUACUGGAUGGAGGCUUCCACGCCGCGCAACAAGAUCAUUCAGUGAUCAUUGACGCGGACACCAUGUUUUCUGAGGACAUCUUCGGGUACGCGGCUAUCAGAAGUCGCAGUGGUGGCGGCGGUGGCAGUAGUGGCGGACGAGGAGGCGCAAGUCGCGAAAGCAGCAGCUCUACUCAGGAGCGUCCUUCAGAGUUCAGUCGAUGGCGCGAACGCCAAUAUUUUGGGCCACGCAGGUGGCUCGAGUCUGCGCUUCGUGACACAUCCUGGGAUAAGGAUGGAGGUAAUAAUGACGGAGCUGAAAGCAAGAAAAAGGAUUCGUCAAUGACAGCAUCCCCAUUGUGGGUGUCUGAGGAAUUGGAGUACUGGGACAGUAACAUUCGUUUCACGCAUAUUGCUGCUACAUAUAGUGAACUCGUUGCGAUAUCGACUCAUGGCCAGCUACAUCAAUGGCGCUGGGCAGAUGCACAUCCUUAUCAGCGUGAUGCAUCAGGAUCGUCAAGCGCGUUUCACCCGCGUUCUACUUGGUUGGCUACGUUGCCCAAUGAACGAAUAGUCAACAUAAGCGCAGCCGGAAUACGCAUAUCCGUGCUCAGUGAUGCUGGCAGGAUUGCGACAUUCCUUGAUGAAUCUAUAGCACACGCUCCAGGGGCAUCUCGUUUAGAACAUCCUCUACAAACUUUUAUGGAAUUUGGAUCUGAUAAAGCAAUUUCACUUCAUGUGUGCUCACUGUACACUGUUGCUAGGUUGGAUUCUGGUUUAUUAUAUUGGUGGGGUGUACUUCCAUUGGGUCAACGAGCUCGGCUUUGGGAAAAACACCGUGCACGAUCUCGUAAACAACAGCGCGGACAUGCAUCAACUGCCCCACAGGACUUACAAGCUGGACAAAGCGUUACUAUGAAAAAUGCGCCUAUGUAUCAACCUGGAGCUGUCGGAUUUAACAUGUCUACUGGAGUUCCGAAAGUGGGCAUCCUACAAAAUGCCGCAUGGAAUCUCUCGGACAUGUGCCGAUUUAAGUUGCUGCCGCCGCCGCAGCCUGACCGUUCGGUCUCUGACAAGGACAAAAGGGAUUUACAGAAUCAAUCUCCACUUACUGUGUCAUCAGUAAAAGCUUCAUCUUCAAGUGGAAAUAGCAAAGAUGGAGCUAAGGACAGCAACAAAGACAUGGCGGACCGACUAGACAUGCCGCCGCCUCCUAGCCCAGCUUCGUCUACAUGCAGUGAUACUAGCACUUCUCACAAACGACCCAAACGUGUGACGGUGCGUGGAGAGGAAGGAUCUUCUAAUGACGGGUCUAAACGCGAUGAGGAGGAAUGGCCCCUUAAGGAAGUAGUAUUCCUGGAGGAUGUGAAAAGUGUGCCACUAGGUCGAGUGCUUAAGGUAGACGGUGCAUAUGCUGCGGUACGAUUCCCUACUGUCGCCAAAGAUGUUAAGGAAGCGGUCCCUUUGGCACCCGACGAUUUAUCAAGCCUGCUACAAGAUUGUAGGCUUGUGCGGAAAGAUGAUUUAGUAUCAGUGAAGUGGGGCGUUGGAGGAGCCGUGAGUCCUCGUGGUCCUGAUUGCUUGCAACGUGCACCCAGGAAAAUUGCAUUGCCAACAGAUGUACAAGUUAUCACGAUUGCUGUGGACAGCCGAGGCGUGCACGCUGUAGUGCGUCGACCGGGCGGUGCGCUCGCCUACGCCGUGUACGCUGUGGGGACUACUCGUGCGCUCACUGACAGCAUUUUCCCUACUGACAAUAACGCUUUACUUGGAUAUUCUAACGGUGCAGCAAUACAAUUGGCUACGGCGGCUGAGGGUAGCGAGCCGGUUGUGAUAAUGGUGGACGGCAACGGCGCCCUGUACCCGGUGUCGCGCGACUGCGUGGGCAUGGUGCGCGCGCCGCCGCCGCUCAACCUGCCGCCGGCGCGCGCGCUCACGGCGCACGCGCUGCCGCUGCACCCACACGCCGCCGCCGCCGCCGCGCAGCACCCGCACCACACCGCGCUCAAGUCACAGGUCGCACUAAUUAUAUUGGUACCUGAACCGCAACUGAUGAUGCCGCGAGUGCUGCGAUGCGACCUCGAUGGCGUACGUCAGUUACUGCACCAACUGGAAUCUGAUUCUAACAAACAACAGAUCUUAUCGAUCCUUCAGGAACGUUGUGACGGUAACAGAAAUAUACUACAUGCCUGCGUGCACAUGUGCGCGCCGACAUCUAACAAAGAACCUGAUAUUGUGGAAAACACUAACAAUUUAGUGGGUGGCACGGGAGGCAAUAGUGCUGGCGCUGAAGAGCCUGUACCAGCGAUCUCGUGGCCUUCUGAAACCUUCGAAGCAUCAGGAGAUGAAGACAGUUUAAUGGGACUCACCAAUAAUGGUAAAAUGUCUGGCGGUGGUAAUGGAGGUAGUGGUGCAGUGAGCGCUGACCCUGCAGAACGUCGCGGUAAUGCUUUGGCGGCGUUACGUGCCUUGUGCGAUAGUCCGGCUCUGCUACCUUAUCUUAUGCAGUUACUGACUGCCAAAGAUGGACUGGGCCAGACACCGCUAAUGGCAGCAGUAGCCGAGCGUGCCUACCGCGCCGCCUUAGUGUUGUUGGACGCCAUCCGCGCUUGCACACAUCCCGACGGCGAUGAAGCUCAACGUGCAGCGGCUAUAUUCCCACCUAAUGCUCACCCCGACCAUUCGCCUUUACUUGUACUAUGCUGUAAUGACACUUGCAGCUUUACGUGGACAGGACAAGAGCAUAUCAACCAGGAUAUAUUUGAAUGCAAAACAUGUGGGCUGACAGGAUCUUUAUGCUGCUGCACUGAAUGUGCAAAGGUAUGUCACAAAGGUCACGAUUGUAAGUUAAAACGUACAUCGCCAACCGCAUAUUGCGACUGUUGGGAAAAAUGUCGCUGUAAAGCAUUAGUUGGUGGCAACUGGACUGCGCGAUGUGACCUACUCGCUAGGCUCGCCAGAGACACAACAUUAGCCACGCACUUUAAUUCAAGGGGCGAGUCCAUCUUGCUAUUCCUAGUUCAGACAGUGGGUCGACAAGCCGUAGAGCAGCGUCAAUUCCGCGCGGGCGGUGGGCGAGGGCGCGGACCCCGCAAACAGCCUGGUUCUGACGCUGAAGUGGACGCGCCCGAUCAUGAUCUGGAACCGCCAAAAUUCGCUAGAAGAGCACUUUUGCAUUUAUUGGGUGAUUGGCCGGCUGUGGAAGCCGCGGUAAUGUGUGGUGCUAGUAACAGCGGUGGAGAAUCUGAAAAUCGUUCAGGAAGUCCUGCACCACAUCAGUCUGGCACCACUCUUUUAGACAAGUUCACACAUGCUCUUAUUGUUAAAUGUACUAAUGAAAUGCUUGAUACUCUAUUGCACACCUUGAUCCGGGAGCAACAAAAUGACAGGAUCCCAGGCCGUGUCGAACGUGCACGCGAAGUUGCUCGGCGUUUUGUGCGUUCCGUAGCAAGGAUAUUUGUGAUAUUUAGCGUUGAAAUGGCACCGGGAGCUGCCAAGAAAAAAGGUCCAUUAUCAAUAACGUCAUCGUUGGUACGUUGUCGGCGCGUGUUCACUGCUUUAGUCGCCCUCGCUGUAGAGGAGUUAGUCGAAGCGGCGGACGCAUUGUUAGCUCCAGUGAGACUCGGCGUUGUUCGUCCAACGGCUCCGUUCCCGUUAGCGACUACUUAUGUGGACCUUGUGAAUGGCAGUGAAGAUUUGUUUGGAGUGGAACCACUGUCUACUGGACAUGCCCGACUCGCACAUACGCGCAGAGAAUCUAGUGCUGGUGGAGGCCGCGGCGCGGCGACAGGUGGUACCUCAAUGGGCAGCUCGACCCUCGUGCCGGACCGCUCGUCCACGCCGGUGGCCACCGAGUAUGCAGAUGAUGUGGCUGGGGAGGCGUUGGGCCCCGACGAUGACGCGUCGGAAACCGACGAGCCCAACGCGCCCGCGCCUGUACCCCAACAAGACGCGCAACAUCACGAUGAUACCAUGGCGGACAGAGGACAAGAACAACACGUAGUUGUAGAAAAUGGUACCGAGCGUGCAGAAGGUGGAGAAAGUGAAAGUGAACUUGAUCUACUUGCCGAAGUAGAAACUGAAAGUGAUUCAGAUGACCAGGAUAAUGCUGAAUCGGCACAACGUAGUGUACAAACCGGUGCUACACAAGGAUCUGAUGCAGGCAUAGCCUCAUUACUUCUAUACCCAGAAGACGAAAGCGGUGAUUCCACCCAGCCAGAAGACGAAGACUCUGAAGCUGGUGAGACAGACGAACAAGACGGCGAGCCCGAACCACCACAACACGAUGGCGAAACUUUAGAGAGAAGAGCCGCACCACCCGCCAGACCUAAUUUGGCCCCACAUUCCAUGCAGUGGGCGAUACGGUCUCGUGAGGCGCCACGCGGCGCCACGAGCAGCGCGGGCGGCGUGCGGCUCACGGGCAGCUCGUCGCUCGUGUUCAUCGAUCCCGCCUCGCUGCGCCGCUCCGCCGCCGCGCACGACCCGCACUCCACCGCCACCACGGCCUCCUGUUUGGCUAGGGCCUUCGGCAUAGUCAUACGUCAGAUAGCCGACCUCCUAUGGGAGUAUGAAAGAGUGGCUCUACCUUCGCCUCGAAUGGUACCGCUUGCGUAUCGUGACGCGCUACGUUUACAGUGCUACCUUGAGAGACAACUAAAACAGACCUGGGAUUGGCUGGUUACCGUCAUGGACGCUACAGAAGCUCAAUUAAGAUUUGGCGCCUCCUUGACUUCAAACAACGCAAGCACUUCCAGUACAGAUACAGGUCGGUCUAAUACCACCCGCCGUACUGCGUCACUGACGUCACCUGCCACGAGGAUUAUCGGAUUCUCUGAAGGUCCUCGAGCAAGGGACCGCGAACAAGGUAGUGUUGAAGCAGGCAGUGCUCGUCGCGAAUUCUUGGCGUAUUGUCUUUCUCUACUGCGCGCUCAUAGUGCCGAGCAUGCGGAACAAUUGCCAGUGCUGGACGUGGCCGCGCUCAAGCAUGUGGCCUACGUUUUGGAUGCAUUAGUUUACUACAUGCGAGCGGCACAGCCGCAGCCACAUCAUCAUCAACAUCUAUGGACACAGGAUGAGAACGAAAAUGAAGAAGGUGACGAAGAGAUGGUAGUGGGUGGCGCUGCUGCUGCAGAGUCAGACAGCGAAGGGGAUAGCUCUCGCGGUCGUGCCCACGGCUUCUUCCAGCGAUCCGAUUCUACACUAUGUUUGGGAUGUCCACCACCUGAUCCAUUCAACAUGACAAUGCAAGACGCCUUACCACUUGCUGAUCAGCCACAACUGCUUCAACCGAACGCUCGACGUGAAGAGCUAUUCGGAAUGCCGCGUCAACUCGUCACAGUACCCGCGUCCGGUGAUGCGCCGCCCGGUGUCAACAACCCGCUAGAAGGUAACAUUACACUUGUUCCUCGGCGUCUGGGCUUAUCCACACGUGGAACUGAUCGAGGCUGGUCACCACCAGCUAGACCCGCUUCUGCACCGCCUACACAUUCGCACACUCUGACGAGAGACGAACCACAGGAUUUAUCCUGCACUAAAGAAGCAUCAACAAAAAUGGAUAUCGACACUGAUGGUGAAUACUUAUCAGAUUCCGAUUCCAAUGAAGCUAGGCAGAUACCAAGGAAAAAACACCACAGACAUCCACAUUCAGUGAACCUGUCUGGGGUUAAUAGUGCAAUGCAUGACUCUAUGGCCCAACCAUCAGAAUUCCACACAUUAGUUGACACAGCCUGUUCCAUAAUUGAAGCGCCUCAUCAACAGAAUCUAGCUGCUUCGCCUACACCAGGGCCAAGUGGAUCAAAUUCGGGAGGGGUUGAGUCACGCACGCCAUUGUCAAGAAGUCCUGGGAAGAGUGUUAUUGUACGUGCUGGGGAACUCCUUAGCGUAGCAGACCCUCUCGAAUCUCAGGAAAUAUCAGCCCAUGUGACAGUUGAAACUACAGGCCUACCACCUCCAUUAUUACCAACCCUUACUGCGUCUGCUCAACCUCGAGCAUGCCCAUCUUUAGGUGCCUCUGUUUCACACGACCUGUUACUGGGCCGAUGGAGGUUGUCAUUAGACUUAUUUGGACGAGUAUUUACCGAAGAUGUAGGAUUAGAACCCGGGUCUGUGGUUGCCGAACUAGGUGGAUUCCCGCUUAGAGAGGCAAAGUUCAGAAGAGAUAUGGAGAAACUAAGAAAUUCACAGCAAAGAGAUUUGUCAUUACACAAGAUGGAACGAGACCGAGCUAAGCUACUACAACAAACGUUUUCGGAAUUGAACAGCGCGUUUGCAGGCCAAAGUAGACGCGCUCAUAGUGCACAGCCACCUCUAGUAGUAAACAGAGUUAAAGUAACUUUCAGAGAUGAGCCUGGAGAGGGCAGUGGUGUCGCACGAUCUUUCUAUACUAGUGUUGCCGAGGCCUUACUAGCAAAUGAAAAACUACCACCUUUGGAAGCGACAACUGGGAGUGGACAAAACAGUAGCAGUACUAAUGGCACUUCAGGAUCAGUUAGUACAAAUGCUACUGGUGCAAGCAAUAAUAGUGGAGCUCGUAGUGGAGCUGGUCGUGCACGGUCCAAAGAUGCAGCUCGACGAACUCCCGGCAGGCCAGCGCCCCGCCCACCUGCGGCGAGGGAGCCUCGUCGAGUACUAAGUGUCGACGCAAGGCCGUAUUCUCCUCAGGCUGCUCCAGGAACUGAAGGCGCAGGUUAUAGCGGAGAGCGACCGGGAGGACAUAAUGAUCAUUUGACUCUUCAUCAGGCACAGUUAGGCGAACGACUUUAUCCUAGGGUUCACGCACUUCAUCCGACAUUCGCUGGCAAAAUAACAGGCAUGUUGCUGGAGCUGACGCCAGCACAACUGCUCGUGCUGCUUGCCAGCGAGGACGCGCUUCGGCAGAAGGUGCGCGAAGCUAUGGAUCUCAUCGUCAUGCAUCCCUCCGAGGCCAUUCUAGAUUUGGACGUAUUCUCUCUAUCGGACCGCGGCGGCGGCGGCGGCGUCGGCGGCGGCGGAGCGCCUAGUGGAGGCGCGCCCGUGGCGAGCCCAGCGGCCGCUGGCACUUCGAGCGCCGCUUCCGCGCCUACCGACGACGCUGCACCUCUGUUCUACUCGCCAGGCAAGCGCGGCUACUACUCGCCUCGGCAGGGACGCGCAACGCCCGAGAGAAUUAAUGCUUUUAGAAAUGUCGGAAGAAUAAUCGGUCUUUGUCUCCUACAAAAUGAGCUCUGUCCGAUGUUCCUAAAUAGACAUGUACUGAAAUAUAUUCUGGGCCGGCCGGUGAGAUUCCACGACCUAGCAUUUUUCGAUCCCGUUGUGUACGAGAGUCUUCGACAGUUGGUCGUAGACGCUGAAACGGGAGACUCGCACUCUUUGUUCGCUGCUUUAGAUCUCAACUUUAGUUUGGAAAUGUGCGAAGAGGAAGGCGGUGGUUGUGUAGAACUAGUGCCAGGCGGACGUGAUGUUGAGGUGACAGCUCUGAAUGUUUACGACUACGUGCGCAAGUACGCGCAGCACAGAAUGUUGCUCUCGCAAGAGAAGGCACUUGAGGCUAUGCGCGUGGGCGUUCUGGAUGUGUUACCGGAAACCACACUUGAAGGUUUAACAGCUGAAGAUCUCCGAUUACUGCUAAACGGCGUUGGAGAUAUAAACGUGGCUGCAUUAGUUUCAUAUACCAGCUUCAACGAUGAGAGCGGCGAACGUCCAGAGCGACUCGCCCGGUUCAAACGCUGGCUUUGGGCCAUUGUAGAUAAAAUGACGCAUUUGGAAAGACAAGACUUGGUUUACUUUUGGACGGGAUCGCCAGCGUUGCCGGCGUCCGAAGAAGGUUUUCAACCGAUGCCGUCGGUGACGAUACGACCGGCGGACGACGCGCAUUUGCCCACCGCUAAUACGUGCAUAUCGCGCCUCUACAUACCGCUGUAUUCGUCGCGACACGUGCUCAAGCAUAAGUUACUGCUUGCCAUUAAAACUAAGAACUUUGGCUUCGUCUAG